AUGCAACCCCGUUCUCCAUACACCGGCCCUCGCAGGAAGCUUGUCCUGGCGUUCGAUGUCGGGACAACAUACAGCGGGGUCUCGUACAGCAUUCUUGAUCCAGGUCAUGUUCCGGAAAUCAGAGGAGUUACUAGAUUUCCUGCUCAAGAACAAGUCGGUGGGGACUGCAAGAUACCCUCCCUUCUCUACUACGAUCAAUAUGGCGUAGUUCGUGCGGCCGGCGCAGAAGCCUUACGCGAAGGUCUUACCACUCAGAAAGAAGAAGAGCAGUGGCUCAGUUGUCCUUGGUUCAAGCUUCAUCUCCGACCACAAACCCCAGGGUCUAUGGAAGAGAUUAGAGAGAAGAUUCCUCCUCUGCCUGAAAGUAAAAAUGCCAUCGAAGUGUUCGCCGACUUUCUGGAAUAUUUGUUCCAGUGCUCCCGAACGUACAUCGAGGAGGUGCAUGGGAUGGGCGAUAAUUGGUGGGGCUCGAUGGAGGACACCAUCGAGUUCGUCUUAUCCCAUCCGAAUGGGUGGGAGGGCGCACAGCAAGAGCAGAUGCGCCGUGCAGCUGUGCUUGCAGGAUUAGUACUUAACGACGAGGCGGGCCAGGCACGCGUGUCAUUUGUUACUGAGGGAGAAGCCAGUCUUCAUUUUUGCAUCCAGAGUGGGCUGCCGGCAGGCGCGAUGAAGGAUUCUGGCGUUUUGAUUGUUGAUGCGGGUGGAGGAACGAUUGACCUCAGUGCUUAUAGUUGUGUUUCAGGCUCGGCUGAUUCUUUUGAGGAGAUUGCUCCACCCCAAUGUCACUUCAGUGGAUCCAUUUUCGUCACCUUCAAUGCUCGUGCUUAUCUGGAAGCCCACCUCCGCAACUCAAAAUAUCUGGAGGACGUGCCCCAGAUGACGGAUUGCUUUGACAAGACAACGAAAUUGCGAUUCAGGAAUAAAGACGAACCACAAUACAUCAGAUUUGGCUCCCUCCGAGACAAGGAUCUGGCUGUCGGAAUUCGUUCAGGCCAAUUGAAGCUUUCUGGGUUGGACGUUGCAUCUUUCUUUGAACCCUCGGUCAAUUGUAUCGUCGAUGCCAUCGCAGAACAAUCACAAAAAGCACGAAAGCCCAUCAAGUCGGUCUUUCUUGUUGGGGGGUUUGCAGCUAGCGAUUGGCUCUUUGCCGAGCUGAAGGAAGCUUGCAGCCAGAUGGGUCUGGCUGUCCUCCGUCCGGAUAGUCACGUAAACAAAGCCGUUGCGGAUGGUGCCCUUUCUUUCUACCUUGAUCACUCCGUCAGGAGUCGCGUGUCGAGAUUCACUUAUGGCAUCCACUGCCACAUCCCUUAUGACAUCUACGAUGCCGAGCACCUACAGAGAUCCGCAUCAUCCUUUACCUCUGCCGGAGGAUAUCGACGUAUCCCAGGGGCCUUUAGCGUUAUUUUGCCAAAGAACACGCAAACGUCUGAGACAAAAGAGUUCCGUAGGGCGUACUUUGAAGAAACUGAUUCUCUGCCGGAAUUGUCGCGAGUAACGGUUAGCCUCGAUUGCUACCGUGGAGAACUAGCUAAUCCUCGAUGGAGAGAUAUCGAUGCUGGGAUGUAUUCCACUCUCUGUACUAUUGAGGUCGAUCUUUCGAAGCUAGGUCACUCUUUGGGUCCUCACCGAGGUAAGGACGGUAGGGUGUACUACAAAGCAAGCUUUGAAGUUGCCUUGCUGUUCGGCCUCACGGAGCUCAAGGCGCAGCUCUGCUGGAAAGAUAAUGGGGUUUUGAGGAGAACACCCGCGAAGAUCAUAUAUGAUCCUGCUUCUCGAUAA